AUGUCAUACAACUUUCUAAACAAAGUAGCAGUGGUUACAGGGGGACUAUCAGGUAUUGGUCGAUCCACAACAAUCAAACUAUUACGCCAGGGAGCUAAAGUAAUCAUUGGCGAUUUAGCUCAUGAGCAAGAAAUUGAUUCCAUUUUGAACACCAUCAAUAAAUCGGCUCCUGAUUGUGAUGUGCAUCAUAAUUUGCGAUUUCUUCGCACAAAUAUAGGGGUUUACCAAGAUAAUAUUAAUCUUGUUGAUUUUGCUCUUGAUGAGUACAAGACAAUUGAUUACGUCGUGGCCAAUGCGGUAACAAUAAUGAAAGGUUUCACUGCUACGGCUGCUGAAGAGACAACUGAAGACUUUAAUCGUGUCAUUAAUGUCAAUCUUGGUGGCAUAUUUGCUUUGAACAAAUUAUGUAUUAAUUACUGGAAAGAAUUCAACUACCGAGGAAGCAUUGUCAAUAUCGGCUCCAUAUCUGGGCCUAAAGUCAUUGAGCCAGGACUGCUUGGUUUAAGUUGUGGCAAAAGUGGCAUCCAUACACUUACAAGGUCCAUGGCGAAGGACUAUGGUGCAUUAGGUAUCAGAAUUAAUGAAGUGUGCCCUGGGCUUAUCAAGACACAAAGUUUGGAGUCAUUCUUGCAACUGGGCCAAUAUGGGUAUGAUCAGGUUGUUGCUCAGUGUCCCGUGAAGCGAAUUGGCGAUAGUGAUGAAGUAGCUAAUGCUGUCUGUUUCUUGUUGAGUGACGAAGCUAGUUAUAUCACUGGUGCAUCUUUGAACGUGGAUGGAGGUUACUCAUGUAGGUAG